CAUGGAAACACAGAGAGAGAGGUCCAGAAAACAAGGUGCACAUUAACGUUACAUUACAAAGUGCCUGGAAAUAUGUCACACAUACUGACAGGCCCAUGUGAAGAGACCUGCUACAGCUGCAGACAUCUACUCCAGAAAACCGCCAUCAGGGAGCAGAUAGCAGUAGGGACAAAAUGGUUGCUCGUGCCAGGCGUUCUGAGUUGGCUGAGGAGGGUCGAGCCGGAUGCAACACAGAUAUCUGGCACUCCCUGACAAAGGACCUGGUGGAGGAGAGCAUUCCCUGCGGGACACAGGAAAUGAAGAGGAGGCCGUCCACAGCCAGGCAACACAGGCAUGAAUACUCCAGUGCCUCAGGCAGUGUGCGGAUCACAGAUGUCCAGCUGCAGGGUCAGUUAGUGAAGCUGGGGAACUCCUCCCAGAGAGAGCAGGACAUCGGGGGGUUCCGUCUCCAGCAGAACGUAGCAGGACGUCCCAUCGCAGAGUUCCGCUUCCCUCCCAGAACACUCCUCCAGCCAGCUAGCUCUGUUACGGUUUGGUCUGAAGCCUCUGGAAGGAAGACACAGAGCCCAGUGGACUUCCUUUGGGUUGGGUUGGAGCGCAUCAUGUUGAGACCAGAGUGCACCACAGUCCUAUGCAAAGACAAUGGCCAAGCCAUAGCAUGGUACACACCUGCACGCUGUACUGGGAUAAAGCCACACCAGGCCUGGGCAGAGCAUCAUGAAAAKGUGGAGAGCUGCAGAGAGGACACUUUGUCCUGUGAAGAGGAAAGCAUCCCUGCUACAGAGAACAACAGCCCUGACAACACACCCUUUCUUCUGAUUAAAAGGAAGAAGCAUGUGUUUAGGGUGUGCCAAAGUCCGUGGACCCAGAACCCUUCAUCUAUAACCCAUCCUUCCUGCUCCCCCUGUGCUCUGCUAGACUUCCGGGCCCAGCACCAGAGCAACCCUGCAAGGAAACACACCGCCAGAGUCCAGGCCAGAAGACCUGCCACCCUACGUUCCCAGCGGACUGGAGUGGGGGGAGGGCCUGUUCGAUCAGCAGGGCCCUGUGUAGGAGGCAUGAUGUUCCUUGGCUCUCAGCCCCCCUGCGCCUCCCCCCUCCAGCAGUACCGCACUGCAGCUAAACUACACAGCCACAACAUAGAUGCAUGAAAGUCAAAGAGGUAGCUACUGCUGCACAGGCACAUGACUGUCCAGGGACUACGGACAUGAAACCACCUUGGGCAAGCAGCAGAAACAGAGCCCCACUCUAAUCUUCAUCUGUUUCAUUAGAUCUAUUUAACAGAAGAUCCUCUGUACUGUCAGCUUUGGCAUCUAUUGGUUGCCUGUUUAAAAAUAAAAUACAUUGUACAUGGUUAAAUAGUCACAAAUGGCAAUAUUAUUCAAUUGGAUAAAAUAAAAUAGUAUUUUAAUAGGCAGGUUGCAAGUUGGGAUGUAUUUUAUUUUCCUCCAGGUCAAAGAGGUGUAAGAAAUUCAUAUGUAUU